GGGACACUCACUUAUAGUUGUUGAGUUAUCCUCGUAAGCAGGCUGCGGUUUUCAUUUAAUUAGCGGGCUAACUUGUCUUCCGUAGCCGCAGCUGCUAGCUUAGCAUGCUAACAGUAGUUUAGCUCGCCGCAGCGGCAUCACCUCCCAAAGCAGGUUAAAGCUCAGGACAGCCUCUGCCCAUCAAAAGAAAAGAUUCAUCCUCACUGGCUCCAGGAAGCCAGUCCUGUUAGUGUCCACCAUGGACGAGACAGGCGUAGAGCAGGUGACCCUGGCUCUGCUAGAUGCAGCCAACGAUAAAGACUCAGAGGUCCAGGAGCAAGUCAGAAAAUCUAUGUUGACUCUGGGAAAACAGCAGCCAGACCGAGUGCUAGCCAUGUGUCAGGACUACCUCCUGAAACAUCCAAAGUUGGUUGUGGGCCACAGAGUUGUGAUUCUUCAGACUAUUGAGCUGGUUGUCGGCUGCAGGAUAGAGGAGAUCAGCUCUUCCAGAAUAAAGAGUAUUAUCUCUCUGGCAUCAGAUGAGAUGACGCGGUCAAAGGACGUCAUCCCUGACUGGCAGCAGGCGGCCAGUAAUAUCUUGGUUGCCAUUGGUAACAAGCACAUCAAUGACAUCAUGGAGGAGAUACUAAGCAAGUUUCAACCAGGGGUUCUGCCACACUUCUUUGUGGUCCAAACACUAGCUAACCUCUCGGAUUCAAAUGUUUAUGGCAUGGUACCCUUCCUCAAUGCUAUUCUCGGCACCAUGUUGCCCAUGCUGAACAUGGCCAAACAGGACAACAUGAAGUGGGUCUUUUCUUCUGCUCUGUGUCAUUUCAGUGACAGCAUCUUGGAGUACCUGGCAAACCUCGACAAGGCUCCAGAUCCAACAGUCAGAAAAGACACAUUCUCCGGUGAAAUCUAUGCUGCUUUUGACAUUCUCUUCAAUAACUGGUUACAAAGCAGGGAGCCUAAGUUGAGGCUGACGGUGGCCGAGGCAGUCGGCUCUAUGUGCCAUCUGAUGGCCAAUGAUAAACUGGAGGAGCAGAUUCCCAAACUCAUUCCUGCUUUCCUGUCCUUGUACAAGAAAAACAACGAGCACUACAUUAUCAGCAAGAGUCUGUGCCAAGUCAUAGAUGCUUCUGUCAACAUGGGCAGCAGAGUGCUGGAGACACAACUGGAAAGUCUGCUCUUUGCAUUGCAUCAACAGGUGUCUGCCCCAAUUGAUUACAAUAACCCUCCCACUGUCAAGAACCACAAUGAGGUCCUACGUUGCUUCAGUUUGCUUGCUAACGCUUUCCCAGACCGGCUGGUUAUGUUUGUACUUCAGAAGCUGGAGAACAGCAAUGAGCGAAGCAGAACGGGCUCUCUGUCUGUGCUUCGUCACCUCAUCAACUCCGCCACCUCUUUGAUGGAGACCAAAAAGCUGCUGAUUCUGGCCAGCAUCAGGCAGCCAAUGGCUGACCACAGCAACAAGGUGAAGAAGCGAGUGGUUCAAGUGAUCAGUGCAAUGGCUCAUCAUGGCUACCUGGAGUUAGAAGGAGGAGAGCUAAUGGUUAGAUUCAUAGUUCAGCACUGUGCUUUACCUGACACGUACCAGCGAGGUCAGAGGCCCACAGAUCCAGAGGAGGUGACUAAUGAGGCUCUGAGGACGAUGUGUGACAACACUCUUCAUCUCCUGACCACCACUGUUGGACGACUAGCUGAUGUGCUCUGGCCCAAGCUGCUGUACUAUCUGACCCCUUCACAGUACAGCAAUGCCACGACUCCUCUCUGUAAGAGUCUCAUAGUUCUAGGCAACAAGAAGAAGAAUAACCAGGAGACCAGCUUCAAAAUAGACUUUACACAGGAAGUCAACCUGCCUUCUCCUCAAACACUGAUGAUCAGACUGCUGGUGAAUGCAGUGUUUCCAUUCAGCAGCAGAGGUCAUGGAGCUCCAUCACUUUCUCUCCUGCAAGUCCUCAGUGUCAACAUUCAUCCUAAAACAGAGACAGUCUGGGACAAAGAGAUUCCUCCUCUGCUUUCUUUACUAGAAGAGUCAACGCCAGAGAGUCUGGAUAAGAAGCAGUGGAAUGAGAAGCUACUGAAGCUCUUGUCUAAAACCCUGGCAGCGAUCGAUGAUGACAAGUGGACGUGUCAGUUGGCAGCUGAGUCAACACGAUACCUCUCUACAUAUAACAACUUCUUAGAGGAAAAGAGCUUCCUGUAUCGGUGCAUUGGAGUGACUCUCCAGCAGAGUUUCAAUAAGGAGGUGGUUAAGAAACAGCUGCAGGAAAUUCUUCUCACAGCGCGACACAAUGAUGCAGUGGAAAGAGAGGGCAUUGCUAUGGGCAUCGGUCUGUGUGCCAACAGCCACUUAGAAGGAACUCUAGCCAAACUGGAUGAGUUUGGCAAAUCGGAUGCCUUCAAGAAAUCACCAAGUAUCUUCAACCUGCUCAAAGAGCGUAAUGAUGUUGAGGUAGAGAAGGUGAAGAGCACGUUGAUCCUGUGCUACGGUCAGGUGGCUCUGAACGCUCCUCCGGAAAAGAUCCUGAACCGCAUUGAUCAGGACAUCCUUCGCUGCAUCAGUAAACACUUCAAUACUAAGGUUCUGGGGAUUAAAGUAGAGACAAAGGACCUGACUAUGAAAGUCAGUUUGGUCCAGAGUGUGGGGCUCAUAGCCAAAGCCAUCAGUGAGUGUGUGAAGAAACAAGGCUUCAUCUUCUCUCGCAAGCAGGAGCUCAUCGCUGUAAUGCUGGAUUUUAUCAAAGCAGAGCCAGCUGACUUGUUGAGGACUCCAAUACGCCAUCUCGUGAUGAAUACCUGUGCUGCCCUCAUGCCACUGGACCCUGCACUGAGUGAGAAUGAGAGCUUUGACUUGCUGAAGGUGUGUGUGAACAGUGUGUUUUCUCUGCCACCGGAGACAAACACUCCAGAGAAAACUAAAGAAGAGGAGAUACUUGACCCCAAGCAGAGAAAGGCUUUGUACAAAGACACAUUAGCUGCUCUGCAGGAGCUGCUGAAGAGUGUAGUGGUCAAAGAUCCCACACCUGAUGGCUUGCAGAGUGUCUUUAAGCACAUUGAAUCAUGGCUGAGCUCUGGACACGACCAUGAGAGAGAGAGAGCUGUCACAGCCACAGCUCACGUAUUGGCGUACUAUCUGGAUAACCUGACUGUCAAGAACAUGGUCUCUUUCCACAACCUUGGAGCUCUGCUGGGUCGACUCUCUCCUCGCUGUUCUGACCCUCGCCCAGCUGUACGCACAUCUGCAAUCGACUGUAUAUACACUCUGCUUUAUAUACAGCUACGAUAUGAAGGAUUCUCCUUAGAUUACAAGGAUGAAGGAGUGGACUGUCUGCUGCUCUUCAAAGAUCGUCUAGAGAACCCUGACCACUCAGUUCUGUACAAGACCUGCUCAGACCUCACCAAGGUGAUGAGUAAGCGUCUGCCUCAGCAGCAGCUCACGACAUUCGUGUUCAUGUUGUUUGAAGGGCUGGUCGACAGUCAGCCGAACUGCUGCAGAGCUUCAUCUGUCAUCCUAAAUACUGUUUUGAAGAACAGAGGAGGUGGACUACAAGAUCUGGUCCCAGAAAUGCUGGAGGUUCUACAUGUGCGUCUGCAGAACAUCACAGAAGAGCAGGUGAGAGUGGCGGUGGGACAGACAGUACUGAUCCUGGCUUCUCAGCAUCUACAGAUUGUUAUCAACACACUAGUUAACCAACCGCUUCCUUAUGACAGCUGGACCAGUGAGAUGUGGAUGGCUUUGGGAGCAGACCCCGUCGUAGCCAACCAGAUUAUAGAGAUGGUGAUGGAAAAACUUCUCAUCAUGGCACCCUACGUAGACAAGAAAGAGUCAAUGAUGAGAGGAGGGUCAACAAAGGUGGCCACUAAUCAGCCACUGGCAAUGACAUGUGGUCUGAAAGAGCUGCUAUUAAACGGCCAGAGUCAGGAGCCAGCAGUCAGUGUGUUUCCUCAGCUCUUCUCCUGCCUCACAGUCCGACUGGGAGCAAGCGUUGGAGUCUCUGCACCAAAGGACAGCAACACUAAACACGCUGCCUCCAUACAUGUAGCAGGGGUUGCAGCUGAUGCGCUGAGGAUUUUGUUAGCGCGCGCCCAGUUAGAUGAAGUAAUGAAAAGACUGGAUGAAGAUAACGCCUGGGAUGCAAUGAGGGAACCCAGCACACACGUUAACGGAGUCACACUACUAGCAAGGGCGAUGGCUAAACAUGCUGGUCCCAGGUUGCCUGCAAUCGUGGAGUGUUUGUGUCCAUCUCUGAACAACAUCUAUGAAUGUCAGAGAGUCACUGUCACUGCUUUCUUCUCUGAGCUGUUGAGCCAUCACGUGGUGACAGAGUUGAUGCUAAUCGAUGUGUUAAUGAACAACAUGAUGGAGAGGAUAUCAGACCCCUGCUGCACCGUCCGCAUGCUAGCUGUGCGAGGGCUGGGCAACAUAGCCGUGGGAUCACCUGAAAAGGUGAAUAAAUAUGCCAAAGAGUUGCUGGCAGCCAUGAGUUCAGGGAUGGAGGAAAAAGACGAUCCGGGUAAGCUGAUCACUCUUGAGGCGAUGUCUGGUCUGUCUAAAGUUCUCCUCCACCUGGACAAGAAGAAUGUCCACUUACUUGUGGUCUACAUCUUCAUGAAGAUUAAGCCAUUCUUGGAAAGUGAGAAUGACGAUAUCCGCUGUGCUUCCAUCCUUCUGAUGGGGAACCUGUCCAAGUUUGGCUCAGGAGAGCCGGUGUUCAAAGACCAGAUCCACAAUGUUCUAGUCAGUCUGCUGCUCCACCUGGUCGACCCAAACCCGAAGGUCGUCAAGGCCUGUAAGUAUGCGAUGCGAGUGUGUGCUCCUGUGGUGGGAUCAGAGCAGAUCACAGCCAUGUUUCAGAACCACCUCCAUGAUGACAAGAGUUUGCACUAUGGAGAGUUCAUCAAUGACCUCACGAAGUACCUGAUUCAGGACUUUCCUGGUAUGCUGAACUUCUACCACAUCUCAGUCAUCCAGUUCUUCAAGAGCAACUGGCCUGAAGUCAGAGCAGGAGCAGCCAUGUUCAUCGGGUUCCUGCUGGGGAAUCUUCAAGAGGAGCAUCUCUCCCAUCUCAACAUGGGCACCAUCACUAAAGGUUUAGUGAUGCUGCUCCAAGAUCCAGAUCCUGUGGUGAGAGGGAAGGCUGCUGAGGCCAUGGGACACUUCCACUGACACACACCUACAUACAAACAUCAGUUCUUCAUUUAGGCAGUAGUGGUAAGAUAUUAAUGCAAAUUAAAAGUAUAUAGUAAAUAUAUUUAUGAUUUCAGUUUACAAACACUGUGUUAAAAUGUGCAUUCAUUAUAAAAUAAUCCAAAAAAUGCAACUGCAACAUUCAGUAAAGCCAAAACAGGGACCAAAACAGGAACAAGGGUGGAGUCUGGUUAGCAGUGUUACGAAAUCAACCAACAAACAGCGAAAAUACACUUUCAUAUACAUACGUGUACAUAUAUUUAGCCGUUAGCAUCUUUAUUUACUUGCGUCUUUUAAAAACUUUACUCUGGUACUUGAAGGAAGCGUUAAUUCUAAACUAUUUUAGUGACCAAGGACUGUGUUGCCCUGUAGCGUUUGGAGAUCUGUCAGUGUGGGAGUAUACUGUGUCUCUCUGAAAUAUAUCAAGAGGUUUCUAAUGCAAAGGUUCAAACCCAUAUGAACUUGAGUAAAAGGUUUUUUAGAAUAAAUAUAGUUUCUUCAAAUACUGUGUGUGCAAAUGGCAUAUUUGAAGUACAUAACGAUUUCAUGUGAUUCUGGCUGGUAGCUAAAGUGUGUGUGUAGUCAUACUAGCAUUUUGUGAUGAUGUCAGUGGUUUGGUUCCUGACAUCCUCUGUUAGAGGUAGUUCCAGUGUUGUGGGCUCGGUUUUGGUGUACUAAAGACCUUCCCUUGGCUCCUUCAGUCAGCUGUGAGCUUCCUUCUUGCUCUUCAUGAAGACCCAGUGAUGCAUGUUUAGAUCAGUUAGAUGUGUGAUACCAUGUAGGUGACUCAACAUGAAUAAAAAUACAAGAACUGCAGCAGAUACCAGACUUAGUUAGGAUGCUUUAAGUUUCAUAGUUGUGUCUGGAGGGUGUAAGUAAAAGAAUUUAAAGGUGGUCUCAUUGCUGUGUUCAUAUCAUCGAACUGCCAGAUCAGCCAGCAACAACCAGGCAGUAUUUUCAGUUUAAUUAAGGUUUUUAAACCCCUCUGAUGUACUGCUGAUGAGUUUACCUCCAUUCUGAAACCAUAAUGAUGCUUAUUCUAAACCACUGCCACCACUACAUCUACAUGGAGCUACUGGAUACCUCCUGGUGUAACAGUUAUUUCUUUUGUCAACCUCAUAAGGUUGCUUUGACCUCUGUUUCAUCUGCACUCUGUUUAUUGUUCAGUUUCACUUCAUGUGCCACCAAGGUUUCCAUCUAUUAACCCACCAGAACGUUGCCAAACCUUCUGUUAGCCAUCAUUAACCCACCAGCCAAACUACAUCAACUCAAAGAGGUGCACGUUAUUUAGUGUUACUGAAAUGAGACCAAAUAAAGAACAAUUCUUGCUCCUAAACUAGCCACAUUCAGCCAGGCCAACCAUCACUUACCAGUGUUUUUAGGUAAAACCACCCAGUGUAACAAGCUAAAAUCAGUGCCAAAAGUUUAUUAAUAUCACAUGUUGUAAUAGCGCUAAAGAGUUGCUGUUAAUAAUUUUUUUCUCACUUUGAAUGCACUUAAUGUUGUUUCAUUUUACAUAGUUGGGUUUUGGUGGUUUUAGGGUACUGUUGUGGGUUUGCAGGCCCGUACCGUUGUGUAAAUAUGUGUGUGAGUAUGUCUGUUCAUCUGUCUAUACAUGUAACUUCAAUAUUUAUGUCUCAACUCAAAGUCUGUCCACAAGGGAUGGAAAUUCAUCCUCAUUUGAAAUAAUUUGGUGACAAAAAUGUUGAUAAUCAGGUGAAAGCGAUACAUCGUUUGUUGUGAAAAUACCUCUUUUUCUGUUGCACUUUUAAGCUCUGCCAUGCAGUCCCUGAUCUGAGAACUGGCCGGCGAAUUUCCGUUGUGAGUUUUAUGUUUCUUUUUGUUUGUUUUGCACAUCGAUAUCUGAGAAAAACUGCUUUCAAGUUUUUGUCUUCAACUGUAACAAGUCCAGUGUUUGAAAUGGCUAGAAAACGCUCCAUUUACUCAGUUUAACGCCAUAAAUGUAUCAAUCGUGUACGAAAGGCUGCUUCUGGAUUGGUUUUCAUUGUCUUAAAUGCUCUACACACAGGGACUCUUGGCUUCUCGCACUUUCUAACACUAUGGCUUGGUUGAGGGUUAAUGAUGAACAUGUUCUUAUUUGUUAUAAACUUUGUACCAUUGAUAUGAUUUUUCAUGUCUGUUUUUUAACAUGUUAAAUGUUGUAUAAUGUCAGUAUGAAUGUAACAUGGAGGUACGGAUAUUUCAAAUGGCUAAAUGUGUGAAUGUGAGUAUGUCACUUCAUGUCCAGACCAAAAGAGAGUGUGGAUGAUGGCAAUCAGUGUAUUUAAAAUAAAUUAAAGCAAUCAAUUAAAACAUA